AAAUGUUAAUUGUAUACUGUUGUAAACUAGCUUAAAAAUGUUUCCAAUAUUUAUUUGUUGUUGACAUUCAGACAAAUUUCAAGCACAGUCUAGACUAGAUUUUCAAAAAUUUCGUAGCAUUUUUAACAAUACCUUAAUUAAUAUCCGCUAGUUUAAAUGUCACCAGUCAUAGCAGAAGCAAUCUGGUGGACAUGCGCAUAUGGCCUUACAUAUUCGUGUAAUCGUACGCUAGAAUUCGGCAAAAAUUUUGCUGUCUAUGUUUAUACUUGAUGUUUUUUUGAAAGAACAAAAAUGGUAUUGAAGGUACUGUUAUUGUUGAAACCAAUUUCUGAAAUCAUACCUUCCAUUGGGCUAUCAAGAAAUCUUGCUACAGCUGCUACAGCAACUAUUGUAAAAAAACCUACACAGAAAUCAAGCCCGGUAGUUUUAGGAAAACCUGUUCACAUCACAAGAAGAGUUGUUAAACACUUAAUUAAAAGUUAUCCAACAUUGUUACAAUAUCCUGAUGGAAGUACUAUUAUGAUACCAUAUCAUGAACCUGUAGGUGUAAUCAAAUUACCUUUAGAUCUUAACACACUAACAGAAGCUGAAAAGAAAGCAAGAUUGUUAAAGCGAAUACCAAGGACUAAAGUUAAAAUUGUAGAUGACAUCGAAGAUGAUUUUGAUGAGUCUCGUUACUUGAAAUUUACCAAAAAAAAAUAAAUCAAUGAUUAAUAUGUUUAUAUAUUACUCAAGUUAUUAGUUAGUUUGAUACAACUAAAAAUUGGUUAUCAAAUAUAAUUAACUAAAAUUUGUACAUAGUUUUAUAAAUCUCUACAUUAUAUGAAAAAUAAAAAGUACUAAUUACA